AAUAAAUCGAAGGCAGGCGGCAGGCAGAGGCCCUACUGCGUGUUACUCUGUGAACGUCGCCGCCGUCAGUCGAAGCUCAGCCUAGCAUUGUUUUGGUCGCGAAGCAGCGCCGUCGCGGGGCCCUGGUUCGGUCUCGACGCGCCCUGGACACUUGUCAGCCACACCGGACGGUCGAUGUACCUCUUCGGCAGGAGAGAGGUUGAGUCAGCCUUGCUUGACGCCCUUUAACUGGCUUUAAAAUUUGUAGUUGUUAAAAGUCUCCCCAAGCCAGUCGUGGCCGACGGAGUUGGGUAGCCGGGGUGCUGCACCACCCUGGCCUGCUGGUGCUGCUGCAGCCGCCCCCCUCCAGAGCGGCCAUCAUCCCCUCCGCAGCAGCCUCCGCUGCAGCAGCCGCAGCAACAGACGCAGCAGCCGACCCGCAUGAUGGUCAAGACCUUCCAGGCGUACUUACCCUCGUGUCACCGCACGUACUCGUGCGUACACUGCCGGGCGCACCUCGCCAACCACGAUGAACUCAUCUCGAAGUCAUUCCAAGGCAGUCAAGGACGCGCAUACCUCUUCAAUUCAGUGGUGAACGUCGGUUGCGGUCCUGCUGAAGAGAGAGUUUUGCUGACUGGUCUCCACGCUGUGGCCGAUAUUUAUUGUGAAUGCUGCAAAACAACCCUCGGCUGGAAAUAUGAGCAUGCAUUUGAACUAAGCCAGAAGUACAAGGAGGGAAAAUACAUAAUCGAAUUAGCCCACAUGAUCAAAGAAAAUGGCUGGGAUUAACGGCACUGCUAAGCUAUCGGACGCCUCGAGAAGAAGGAAAAUUAUCUGCGCGGCGCCGAGCAGCUGACUGCCGUUGAGAAGAAGAAGAAAAGCUGAAAUGGGAAGAAAGGAAGGAAGCCAGCCUGCGUCGUGGGGGCUAUUUUUGGAAAAUUCGGUUGCUACUUGGCGGACGGGUGACAAAGAAGGCAUGACCGCCGCCGCUGGAGCAACCCUUCGACAUGAUAGUGAACUUGGACUGCUGUGUUUUUUUAUUUCAUCGAGAGUGGGUGGGAGACUGCUUGCUAUGCGUUGCCCUGGUAAAACUAAACGGGAAAGAAUGAUUUUUGGUUCUGACUGAGUACGACUUACUGAUGAUUUCAUUAAACUUAAGUUUCUCCUUCGUCGUAAAAUGUAUAAAUUAAGAAGCGCGCGCGAUAAAAUGGAUCACAGAAAAAAAAACUCAUACAAAACACAUAAAUGACGUCGCCAAUAUUUUCAAGUCCGUCCUAUUUGUAAGUAAAACGAGGAAAAUGCACUUAAGCAUCCGUGGCGUUCUAUUCUCACAAGCCACUGAAUUUUUUGGUUGUCGAAAGCCACUAAAUUUUACGCAUUAGUAUUACCAGGGCUGUUUUUUUUUUUUUUAAAUUUUCCUUCAUCUCUACUUUUUUAUUGUUUAUGAUUUAUCUUACUUAUGAAUUUGCGAUUGUAGCAAAGUUCAUAACAUAUAUUUUAAGGCACUUUGACUGAAUGUAAUAUGAUGAACAAUGAAGAUGCGUAGUACUUCCUUCUGCUGGAAAAAGAGAGAGAAUCUUUGUAGAAAGGAUCGUGCAAAGGUCAACUCUUUCAUUUAAUGAUGAAUGUUUCUCAUUGUUAUAUGAACGGAAGCAUGGAAAAGAUUUUAAAUUAAAAUUGCGAUAUUGUACUAUUUACAAGUUGAAAUAUUAAUUGGAUUGGAUCGAUGUCAGAUCUGUGUAACCUGCAUGUCAAGAAAGAUUUUUUAUGUCAGUUCCGAUUUUUCUAGGAAAUGCGUAAAAUCGACGAAGAUCGCUGCAAAGUAUUUCAAAAGAAAAAUUUCUUUUCUUUUGCAAGUUGAGGAAACACUCCGUGAAAACCUAUGUGAUACACCUCUUAAAUGUAUAAAUAUGUCAGCUCUAUGUAGAUCGUGGCAAGUAAUAGCAAAUCACAGAAUUACACACAUACACACACACACAUGGUUGAUAAUUGGAGCUCUGUGUAAUUUGGCCAUCAUCUAAUGCUAGUUUGACUGUCAACUUUAGAAAUUUAGACACAAUCAUAUGUAAAAAAAGAAAGUGCUUGCUCCCGAGUAACGCAUUCGGCUUUUUCAAUUGAUUCUUUUGUCAACCCAAUCAAAUCUUGAUGUGAAUUACUAUAAUUUAAUCUGAGAAAAUGUGAUGUUGAUUUGAUUAGAAAUUUGAUUUCUUGUCUCUUCUUUUGUGAAUAAUAUGAUUUUAUUUAUUGAAGCAUAAAUUUUAGUUUAUUUUUACUAUGUGAAACAAAAUUGACGAUAAAAAAAAAAACAAACCUUGUACAAAUCUGAAACAAUUCACGCUUCUUGUAAUUUUAAUCGGAAUAAGAAAGAUUAACGAAGAAAUAGUAAUAUUAUUGCUGUAAUCCGAAUUUGGUAGAUAAGAGAUGCGCAACAUAAAUAACAAGAAGGCUUUCCUCUUUCCGCGAUCGGUUUUUGACUAAUGUAGAGAGAGUUUAUAUAUACAAAAUAAGGCUAGAACUGAUUCUUUAGAGGUUAAAAAUAUGUAUUUUCUGAGUAAUAUUUUCUUGUUUGAACUUUCCUGUCAGCCCCACAUUGUAAUUUAUCAUUUUCGGAGAGGGUAGCGCACCUGACCACGCCGCAAUUAAUCAUUUGACUUGAUUGUUAAUUUAUUUUUGAUAGGUUUUUCUGGCACGAGAGCGCGGUCUAUAAAGUGAAUGAUUAACGGAGCGAUUAUACUGCCUUUGCACAUUUUCUCGAACAGUCACUGUCAAUCAUUCUGCUGUAUUCAUGGAUCACUGACCUGUGGUUGUUGCAGACAACUCUUAUAAAAUAAAACAGUUUCAACUUUUAAUUAUAUAAAAAGAAGCGUAACUUUCAAAAAAGAUAUAAAAUUUUUCAUUUGGUUUGGCUAAUGUCAGCACUUGCAGAGAAAAAACAAAGAAAAAUAAAUGAAAUACAUUUUUUGUACACUUAUUAAAUUUUAGAAGUUCAUUCUGCCCAAAAAAUACUCUUCGUCUCUAUCAUCAGUAUAAAUUUUCAACUUGCACGCAUGGAGAAAAGCAACCGUGUAUUUCUUAACUGAAUGGUAAAAAAAUAAUCAGAAAAAACAGGAAAAAAAAUAAUUGGUGUAGAGAUUAUAGGAUGAUGUAAUUACAUACACGGAUGUAAAUUUCUUACCAAUUUAGCUUUAAAUGGGAGUGAAUUUGAUAAUUAUACAAGCUUCAUCAAUCACUAAUGAUAUAAUUGAACGAUAAUAUACAUACCAUAUUUUAAAUACAUACUUCUGUAUAGCUCAAAGAAUAAUUAGUUGACUCCAUAUGGCGUAAUAGGUGGAUAGAGAAUCAAAAUUUAUUAAGAAUUGUGUAGUUUUCAGUGGCUAAAAAGUA